AUGGAGGCUAAUCGUCGUAUCACGAGCACAGUAUUAACUCUUAUCCGAUGUUUAGUCUCUCUGAUAUCACAAGAUGAAUGUGUUUCAAGCGUCACUACGGACUUGUUGGAGCGUAUCUUCCGUCUGUUCUGUGAUGAGGAGCAUCUCGUUCAAGAGGAGUGGAUAGAAUCACUCAAGGAGAGACUACAAGAAGAUAAACAACUGGACUUCGUGGAGCAAGUAGAGAGUGUCGCGUACGUGUUGUGUGGUGACGGAGUGGUGACGAAGGAGACGUUCAGUAAGAUAUGGAAGAACAAGGUGGUGACGAACAAGUUGUUCCGCGCGGUGGAGGGAGGGUCUGGGUGGGUCAGCGCCGCGGACCUGGUGGACCUCAUCACGGCCGCUACAGACAACAGAACCAGAGCGGGUAUAGACAAGGAGUCUCUUGAUCGUUUGGAGAGAUUGUUCAAGGAGACGGUCGGCGACCAGAGAGAGAUCACCAGGGAACAGUUCCAGAAGAUUGUCGUCUCCAAGAAUGUAUGUCAACCUGUUACUAGGCCGUUCUUCACUGAGCGCGUGUUCCAAAUCUUCGAUGCAGAUGACUCCGGGUCCAUCUCUCUCCGUGAGUUCCUCUCAGCGGCCGCUCGUGUCGCCUCCCGCUCGCCCAGGGACAAGCUGAGGUUCCUCUUCCAAGUUUACGACCUGGAUGGUGACGGAUUAAUUCAACACCGUGAGCUGCAGCACGUGAUGAGAGCCGCCAUGGAGGAGAACAACAUGAGCUUCUCAGAGGAACAGCUGCGGGACUUGACCAGCGCUCUGUUUGAAGACGCGGAUGUUGAGGGGCGGGGAGCCAUCACGUGCGACGCGCUCAGGGACCAGCUCGACAGACACGGGGGACUGUUGGACAACCUGUCCAUCAGUAUAGAUCGCUGGCUGGUUCCUCCUCCUCAUCCGGAGCCCCUCCCUCUACGUCAACGACUCUCCAACAUGAGACCUUACCAACUGUCUCUGAACUAUCUGAGGAACAACUAUGUCUUCGUCUCCUACUUAGCGUUCUUCUUUCUCAUGAACGUCGCUUUAUUUAUUGCAAGGAUCGUGGAGUAUUGGGAUCACAACAUUUUUGUUAAAUUUGCUCGAGCUUCAGGUCAGUGUCUCAACUUCACAUCGUCGUGGGUGUUAGUCCUCAUGCUCCGUCGCUCCCUCACCUCUCUGCGCGGCGUGGUGGGUGCUCUCCUCGACCGCCACGUGUCCCUCCACAAGCUGGCCGCACUCACUCUCAUAGCACACGCCGUCCUGCACUCCGUUAUGCAUUUCUGUAACUUUGCGCUGGUGGUAGUUCCCCCCUCCCCCCUACCACUCCACGUGUGGUUGCUGACGUCACGUCCGGGAGUCUUCGGUCUGGUUCAAGGCUGGGCCAACCCCACGGGUGUAGUUCUAGUGGUGGUGUUAGCAGCCUUAGCGUACUCCUCACGACCAGCAGUCAGGAGAAGAGGCUGUUUUGAGGUGUUCUACUUCACUCACCUCCUGUACGUUCCGUUCUGGAUCCUCCUCAUCCUUCACGCCCCUAACUUCUGGAAGUGGUUCAUCGUCCCCGGAAGCGUUUACCUCAUUGAGAAGAUGUUGAGGCUUUGGUGGUUGAGGUCUGGUCGUGGUCGCAGCUACAUAACCUCGGGCGCGCUCCUUCCCUCCCGCGUGCUCCACGUGGCCGCUCGCAGACCUCGCGGGUUCAACUUCCGCGCCGGAGACUAUGUGUUUGUGAACGUGCCCGCUAUCGCUCGGUUUGAGUGGCAUCCCUUCACCAUCUCCAGUGCUCCAGAGGAGAAAGACUACAUCUGGCUUCACAUCCGAGGAGUGGGCGAGUGGACCAACAGACUGUACGAACACUUUGAACAACAAACGAAACGAGAACAAAUACAAGAAAAAACACAUCGUAGUAAUUCUACUCAGAGCAACAAAAGUAAUCAGAGUAAUAAAAGCAAGAGAUCCAGUAAGAAGCCUUCCAUAGACUCUGGAUACACUAACGAAGCCUACACCAUUGAUGAAGAAAACGAAAAUGGCUGCGGUCUCAACUCCACAUCACAGCCCCGUCCCCCGCUACUGUCUCCUCUUCGUUUCCUGGAGAAGUCUCGUUCGAUGCCCGACGUGAGAAAAAGUUUGAAGAAGAAACGUUUCAUGAUUCCCGAGUAUCACCGCUCCGAGUCAGCGACCUUCCCCCCCGCGCCGUCCCCCUCCCCCUCCACCCCUCGCCCCCCUCCCCGCAGCCCCGCGGGCGCCCUCCACCUGGCGGAUAGUUUCCGUCACCUGAGGACUAAACCCGCCAUAGUGUCGUGUGAGACGCCGCCGAUGAAGAAGGAAAGCUUACUGACCAGCGCGAGACGUCGCCUGUCAAAGACACUGUCUCCAGACAAAGAUGAUGAUGACAACAGACGUGAGGACCCGGAGACAGGAGAUGGAGCGGAACAACACGGACAUACAUACAUGAAGCCUUUAGAGAUGUACAUCGACGGUCCAUACGGCGCGGCCUCCUCACUAAUGUUCUCGUGCGAGCGCGCGGUGUUAGUGGCGGCCGGGAUCGGCGUCACACCGUUCGCUUCGGUGUUAAAAUCCAUCGCCCAUCGACUAUCACGAGCGCAACAUGUAUGCAGUAAUUGCGGCCAGCGUUGCUUGAAUCCUGACUCAGCAGAUAUUACACUAAAAAAGGUUGAUUUUAUAUGGAUAAAUCGUGAUCAGCGAGCCUUUGAAUGGUUCGUGUCUUUAUUAUCCUCUCUCGAAAUGCAGCAAGCGGAGUUAGAACGCGCGGGAGGUAAACGAUUUUUAGACAUGCACAUGUAUGUGACCAGCGCGUUACAACGAUCUGAUAUGAGAGCUGUGUCUUUACAAUUAGCGUUGGAUUUAUUACACGGGAAGGAUCAACGGGAUUUAGUAACUGGUCUUAAAACACGAACAGUCGCUGGUCGACCGAAUUGGGAUGUAGUUCUAAGAAAAGUGGCCGCUGGUAGUGAGGGACCUAUAUCUGUGUUCUACUGCGGGCCGGCUCCUCUUGGGCGAGUGCUAAGGGAUAAGUGCUGUCGACUUGGGUAUGACUUCAGGAAGGAGGUCUUUUGA